AUGAAACGUCCUUUACCAUUUCCAUAUUUAUCCAAGGCUAUAACGCCACCAGCUCCAUUAACUUUCCUAAGAUUCUCAACUACAUUAAAUGCUGCCUCUUCGACACUUUCUUUCAAAUAUUUCAUUCGUGACGAAACAUCUUUUCCACUUACACCACAAGUUUCAUUAUCUGCCCAUCUAAAAUCAAAUCAAUGCAAAAAAGAAAAAGAAAUGAAUCAUGGGCCGACAUUAGUAAUUCAUGGAGGAGCAGGAGCCUUAUUACGUGAAAAUCUUUCAAUUGAAGAAAGACAAAAAUACCUUAUUGCACUGGAAGAAUCAUUAAAGGCUGGAAAUGAAUUGUUAAAGAAUGGCGGUAAAGCGAUUGAUGUUGUUGAGGCAGCUGUUCGAGUAAUGGAAGAUUGUCCACUUUUUAAUGCUGGUAAAGGUGCAGUUUUUACUAUUGGAGGAAAAAAUGAAUUAGAAUCUUCGAUAAUGGUAGGAACAAUGGAUCAUCCGGCUGGAGCAAGCACACUGCUUCACACUGUAAAAAACCCAAUUACAUUAGCAAAAACACUUUUACUUGAUGCUGAUAACCCACAUGUAUUUCUUGGUGGUGUUGAAGCAGAGAACUAUGCAAAAGUUAAUGGAUUGGAAUUGGUGGAUCCUAAAUAUUUCUGGACCGAGAAACGUUGGAAACAACAUUUAGAAGGUUUAGAAAAGAAAAAGAAAGGUGGAAAGGAUGAUGAUUGGUAUAGUCUAGCACCAGGGUUUGAUUCAAGUCCUAUGGGAACUGUUGGAGCCGUUGCUGUUGAUAAGUAUGGAACAAUUGCUACUGCUACUUCUACAGACCCUAAACCUCCUAAAAAAAACAAAAAAACAACUAAAAUGGAAUAUAGGUAUUUAGGGCACAGCGGGCUUAAAGUAUCGGUUCUUUCUCUUGGUGGGUGGGUAACUUUUGGUGGCCAAGUUUCUCCUGAAAUUACAAGAGAAUGUAUGCAAGUAGCGUUUGAUAAUGGAAUAAAUUAUUUUGAUACAGCCGAGGUAUAUGCCGGUGGGAAAUCUGAAUUAGAUAUGGGUAAUGCAAUCAAAAUGUUGAAUUGGAAACGUUCAGAUUUUGUAAUAUCAACAAAAAUAUUUUGGGGUGGAAAAGGCCCUAAUGAUAGAGGGUUAUCUAGGAAACAUAUUGUCGAAGGGUUGAAUGCUUCUUUAAAAAGAUUAAGUUUAUGUUAUGUAGAUAUAGUAUUUGCACAUCGACCAGAUCCUGAUACUCCAAUGGAAGAAAUAGUUAGAGCAUUUAAUUUUGUGAUUGAUCAGGGUAAAGCAUUUUAUUGGGGAACAUCUGAAUGGCCUGCAUAUCAGAUCGUUGAAGCACAUGGUAUAGCAAAUAGAUUGGGUCUCAUACCUCCAUUGGUCGAACAAGUACAAUAUAAUAUGUUUCAUCGAGAAAGAGUUGAAACCGAAUAUAUUCAUUUGUUUAAAGAAUAUAAAAUGGGAGCAGCCACAUGGUCACCACUUGCAAGCGGUAUUCUAACUGGUAAACAUAAUAGUCAAAUAGCCGAAGGUUCGAGAUUAAAUCUAAAGGAGAAUGCUGUGAUGCAACGUUUAAAGGAAGGAUUGUUGAGUGAUGAAGGGAAAAAAAUUUUUUUUGUCAUUAAAGUUCAUUUUUCAAAAGCACCUACAUACCCGUUAUCAAAUCCAAAGGAAGGAGAUCUUAAACCAACAGCUGGUAGAAGUGUACCUGUAACAAAUAAUAAUGUACUACAAUCUUAUAGGCGUGUAAACACCAUACUUUUUCUUAAUAAAACAAGACUUGAGGUAAGAAGAAACAGGUAUUAUGAAAAACCAACUGUAAAACGUAGACGAGUAACAAGAGAAAUUUCUGAACAACGGUUCAAAGAAGCUCCUAAAGAAUAG